GUAGACAAUGUACAAAAUUGAAUGAAUAGAUAGAGGCGAAUAUUGCAUUGCAUAUUGCAUAAAAAAACAAAUUGUAAUAAAAAUGGUGGGCAGGUCUGCGAAGUAGAAAUAAUGUCGAUUAUUCACAUAUAAAAUUAUUGUGAUGUGUUGGUGAAUUAUUAAAACGAUGUCCACACCAGUGUCAAAUCGAAAAUAUGGGGCACAGAAAAUUCGACUCACAAUACUAUGUGCAAGAAACUUGGUCCGGAGGGAUCUUUUUCGCUUACCAGACCCAUUUGUGAAAAUAUCAGUUGAUGGAAGUGGCCAAGUAUAUUCAACAAAUGCAGUGAAAGCAACAUUAGAUCCAAAAUGGAAUACACAUUAUGAUCUGUACCUCUCUAAGGGUGAUGGCAUCACAAUCAGUGUUUGGAACCAACGAAAAGUGCACAAAAGACAAGGAUCUGGCUUUCUUGGUUGUGUACGUAUUCAACCAUCAACAGUACACAAAUUAAAAGAUACAGGCUAUCAAUGUUUGGAGCUAUGCGAAGAGAACCUUGGAAAAGCUUGCGGUGUUCGUGGCCAAGUAAUUGUGUCUCUAUUAUCAAGAGAUAGUACAAGAGGGGAGCCUGCUUCCGCUGCCGGUGAAGGCUCGCCGUUGGCAGUGGUGGGACCUGCUGGAGAAGUUCGUGCGCCUAGGGACCCACCAAUCAAUAAUACUAAUGCAUCACAUUUACCACUACCUCCGCACUGGGAGGAGAGAUUUACGUCUAGUGGCAGGCCAUAUUACGUUAACCAUGCACUCAGAAGAACCCAGUGGGAGCGGCCGACGUCAGAGGAACUGAGUCCUGUAACCACUCAGCCCAGCUCCCCCUCGCUGCCCUCCCCCGCCUGCCCCACAUCACCCACCGCUCCCAUCUCCCCUUCCUCACCCAUGUCCCCCAGCUUACCAUCAUCACCUGCGUCACCGUCAUCACCUGUAACCGAAACAGAAGUAUCACUUGUCACCUCAAUUUCUUUAAGACCGGAGCCUCAGCCGCAAACGGCAGUGCGUUCGCCUCAAGUGCAGAAUCCGUCAACGCCCACAUCUCCUUCCACCACGCCCUCACCUACCAUACCCAUAGCUGCCACCGACCUGCCGCCUGGAUAUGAGAUGCGUACAACGGCGCAGGGGCAGGUGUACUUCUACAACGGGGCGACGGGCCUGCAGGCGCUGCAGCCGCAGACUGGACACUGCAGGAUAGAAGUAUCGCGUAACGAAGUGCUAGAAGAAUCUUACCGGCUAGUGAUGAAGUUGCGCGGCAAGGAGCUGCGCAAGCGGCUGCUGGUGAAGUUCCGCGGCGAGGAGGGGCUGGACUACGGCGGCGUGGCGCGCGAGUGGCUGCACCUGCUCGGCCGCGAGCUCUUCAACCCGCACUACGGACUGUUCCAGUAUGCCAGCGCUGGCGAUGAUAGAUAUGCGCUGCAGAUCAAUCCUGACUCAGGGGUGAAUCCGGAGCACCUGUCGUACUUCCACUUCGCGGGUCGCAUCCUGGGCGUGGCGCUGUUCCACGGGCACCAGCUGGACGCGGCCUUCACCGCGCCCUUCUACAAGCAGCUGCUCGGCCGCGCCAUCACGCUGCGCGACAUCCGCGACGUCGACCCCGAGCUGCACCGCUCGCUCUCCUGGAUGCUUGAAAACAGCAUAGCAGGCGUUAUAGACACCACAUUCUCUGUAGAAUGUGCGUCGUUCGGCGCCGUGCGGAGUGUGGAGCUGCGGGCGGGCGGCGCCGCGGAGGUCGUCACUGAUACCAACAAGCGAGACUACGUACGUCUCUACGUCGCACAUCGCUUCACGCGCGGCGCAGAGCGACAGUGGCUAGCUCUCCAGCGAGGGUUAGCAGACAUCUUGUUCACUUUGCACUUAGUGGCGGACGCGUCGCCAGACUCCCUGCCGAAAGCGCAUACUUGCUUCAACCGGCUCGACAUACCGCCGUAUCCGAAUAAAGAGAAAAUGCACGAUAAGUUAAAACAAGCCGUCCUCGAAACUGCCGGCUUUGCUGUUGAAUGAUACAUCUAUAAAAUUGUAAGUUGACCAUUUCUUACUCGUAUAAAUGAUGAAAUUAUUAAAUGCAUAACAAAGGCGGGAAAAUCCUAUAGUUAAUUUUAUUUAAUUGAAAAUAGCAAUAUGUAGACUAACCAAGAAUAUAAAAUACCUUGAAUGGGAUGUGGCAUAUAGAGUACCAAUUACCUAAUUAGGACAUUUUCUAGAUUUUUCCGCCUUUAAAAAAAUAUUAAUGUUUCUUUGACGACCAACAAAUAUUUUUAAAAACCAUAGAUAUUUGUAAAAAAAUUCAUUUAGAAUCAAAUUAAUUAAACGUUGGUAAGAAACAUUAAUAAUAAACAAAUAAUUACUUAAUUUGUUUCUGAAUUAUCUUCAAAUUGCAUUCAAUUUGUGUGUGUAGAUCUUUGGUCAGAGUAAAGCUUAAGAGACUGAUUGGACAGGGAACAUGACAAAAUUGCUAUUUUUAUAAUUUCGAAUGAGAAUCGUGUUCAAAUUUUACUAAUACGACGAAAUGCACGUACACAACACAAACAUAACCAAUACAUAAAGGAAAGUAUCAAAAUUUGAAUGGAGCUUAAAUUCAUAUGCGUGUCAACUUUGAAAGCUCACUAAAGUUUAAAUUAACAUUUUUAAUGCUAUUAUCAAACAAGGAUGUCUAUCCAAGCGCAGAUGUCGAUUUCGAAAAUAUGUAAAAACAUAAAAA